CUGUUUUUUGUUUAUAAACCCUGCAGGUAAUUUGGCGCCCCCUGCUGCCGUAAAGGUGAACGAACAGCAAGUCGCGACAGAAGUUACAUCAAACAUCGCACAGUACAGUACCAAACAGUAUGAAGAUAAUAAGCUGGAAUAGUUCGGGGUAGAUAUGGUGGUAGGUGGCGCAUAAGGUAGUGCGGAUUUGCAGAUCUCCAGAAGAGAUUCACAUCCACACUCCUGAUUGCGUCACUGAGUUCAGACCAGCAGUCUAACGGCGGCCAUCUUAUUUCCACCAAAACUUCCAAGUGCCAGAGAAAAACACUAGCCAGUCAUUUCUCAGCACACGAAAUGCUCACAAUGUGGACAAUGACAGGCCAUUAAACUUCAUAUCCGGGCAGGCACUUCAGCUUCAGCUCUAAAGAACAGGAAAUCCCAGAGUUCUCUGUGUUAAUCAGAGACAGCAGGGGUUUGGCUGUGAGCCUGCCAUUUUGUGCAGAUCUCCAGGGAGUCCCUUGACUCCUAACGGAGGAGAUAUGAAUGCCCAGGGAGAAGCUGCCGCAGGGGGAAUUUUGGCAGCCAGUCCUCAGAGCGAGGCAGUGACCCAUGAGAUGGAGGAACUGUCCCUGCAGCCCAGCCUACCACCGCUUAAUGAGCGCAAGAACGUCCUUCAGUUGCGGCUGCAGCAGCGUCGCACUCGGGAGCAGCUCGUUGACCAGGGCAUCAUGCCACCUCUCAAGAGCCCAGCGGCGUUCCAUGAACAGAUCCGCAGUCUGGAGCGAGCCAGGACAGAGAAUUUCCUAAAGCACAAGAUCCGGAGUCGUCCAGAAAGGUCUGAGCUGGUCCGCAUGCACAUCUUGCAAGAGACGGUAGCAGAACCAUCACUGCAGGCUACACAGCUGAAGCUGAAGAGAGCUCGACUGGCUGAUGAUCUCAAUGAGAAAAUUGCACAGCGGCCUGGCCCCAUGGAGCUGGUGGAGAAAAAUAUCCUGCCGGUGGCAUCCAGUGUCAAAGAGGCCAUCAUUGAUGGCCAAAUGCAUUACCCCAAAACACAGGAGUUUGAUGAGGACAGCGGUGAUGCUUUCUCUCCAGAACAGCCAGGCAGUCAGGAGUCCCAUGGAUCUGUACCAUCACCUGGAGAGUCAAAGGUCAUAGAGGCUUCCUCACCACUGCCAAAUAAUUUCAUACAGCACUGCACCCCUGUCGCUCAGGUUACAGGAGAUUUUUUCAAGCCUUAUUCCACCAAUGAGCAUGCUGUCAGUCCUCCAGCUCCACAGCCCCAACCAGUUAUUACACCUCCUUCCAGAUCUGUGCUUCCUCUUAUCAAGCAAAGUCAGCCUAAGUCCGCUGGUGACAAGAGUCGUAGUAAGAAAAACAAAGAGGCCAAACCUCGUGUGAAAAAGCUAAAGUAUCAUCAGUACAUUCCCCCAGAUCAGAAACAAGAGCCAAGCGAAGCCCCUAUGGAUUCUGCUUACGCUCGUUUACUGCAGCAGCAGCAACUCUUCUUGCAGCUCCAAAUCCUCAGUCAGCAACAACAGCAGCACUACAACUACCAGACCAUCCUGCCUGCUCCUCUCAAGCCUGUGAUUGAGGGGAAGAACACCAGUGCUACUGUUGCCAUUAACAGUGCCCAAAGUCUUCCUGCCUCUAUUGUGGUGUCACUGCCUACAGCUGCACCAGUGCGCACAAAUACUCUGUCAAACCGCAGACCUGGCACACUGCCAGCAAACCUGGAGGAGAUGAAGGUGGCUGAACUAAAAAUGGAAUUAAAGCUGCGUGGGCUGCCUGUCUCUGGAACCAAAACAGACCUGAUUGAGCGGUUAAAGCCUUACCAGGAGAGCUCUUUGUCCAUUCCCAACACCACUCUUAACACACAGACGUGCAGCACAUCCAUGGAGGUGUCCAGCACCACCAAAUGCCUGUCACCUGCACAGCACCCCCCUGAGACCCAGAGCCACACACCGCCUGUAUCCCCUGUGGGUUCAGAAACGCACAAUAAAGAGGACACUAUGGAGAGUCAGCUGGAGACCCAAUGCCAAAGCAGCAGUAGUGGCCAGCUAGUAGCCAUUCCUGAGGAGCAGGACAGAAGGUUGCAUGAGAAAGAGCGUCAGAUUGAGGAGCUGCUAAAAAAGCUGGAACAUGAGCAAAGGCUGGUGGAGGAACUGAAGAUGCAGCUAGAGGUGGAGAAGAGGAGUGGACAGAGCUCUGCCUCCAUAGAAAGUAACAACAGCAUCAGUCAAGCUGCUUCACUGGUAACAGUAAAGACUGAGAGCCCGGUUAUCCCGAAUUGCACACUCGCUCGACAUCACACCCCAUCUGUAGUGAAGCUGGAGAAAAGCCAUGCUGCCUCAGUGACAGCCACCCCUUUACCACAGUUCUUCAUCAGUCAUCAGGGCAUGUCGCAGGUCAUCGGGCAGCCCCAGACCCUGCUCACUGCACAGCACACGGGUACCCAGAUCCUGCUGCCUGUCUCUCUACCCAACAACACCACUACAAUCCAGCUCACUAAUACUAAUGUCAAACUACAGACAGUCCUCCAAGCAGCUGUCUCUCCUCAAGGCCAAGGACUGAUCCAAACCACUCAGCUACAUUCUGCCAAAACAGAAAACUCCUCACCACAGCCUGUCAAUCACAACAAUAUAGUGCAGGCCCUGCCUAUGUGCAGCACUGGUGGGUCUGAUUUUCAGUUUGGUGCUAGUGAGAGGCAGACGGGUCUGGAGAUGCCUCGCUGUUUCCUUAGCAGCUCCCCAGAGAAUACUCUAACUGCUCAGACUUCCCCAGUUGUGUCGUCCCUCCCGAACGGCCCCCUAAAUAAGUCUCCCUCUCAGGUCUCGCCUGCCUUCAUCCUGCCAUCUGCAUUCAGCCAUCCCCCCAAGGGCAGAGAGCCACCUCGCUAUGAAGAUGCUGUUAAACAGACACGCAGCCUGCAAGCAGCUGCCAUCACACAGCUUUCGACAGCAACAAGUCAGCAGAUGGAUGAUCUUUUUGAUAUUCUCAUUGAAAGUGGAGAGAUCACCCCUUUCAGUCAGGAGCCUUCUGUGCCUAAGCUGAUGCCAGUCACUGCAAGCAUUACCACUUUACCUGUCAACACUGCCCUGUCUCGGCCCCCCGCUCAGGUGCAGAUGGCGCUGCCUCCGGCACUGCUGGUAGAGCCCAUGGCCAGUCUUGCCUCUCUGGCCUCAGACAACCAGCUGGAGGCGCUGCUGGAGGGCACGCUGGGGGGAGAAGCUGAGACAGAGCACAGGACUCUAGGGCUUCUAGAAGAGCUGCAAAGCCAGCUGCUGGAUCAACCCCACUCCCCUAUGGACACAUCUGAUUUGAGUUUCAAUGACCCCACUGCACCUUUGUCCUCCUCCUCCUCCUUUAGCCUGCAGGACACAGGCAUGGAUAGCAUGGAGUGGCUGGACCUGACCAUGCCAAGGCCCAAUGGUCCCCUCGACCCACUGGGGAUCGGCUCCGAUUUCCUUGACGCACAUGAUCUGCAGCUGCACUGGGACUGAGAGCACAGUACAUACUCGUUCUCUCUCGUGAGCCUACACACACACACACAAACACACACUCAUAUUAUUAGGCUUUAGCAAAAGAGAGAGAAUGGAUUCGAUUAUUUAUAGCCGUGUGUGACUGCGCAGGGGUUUGAGCAGGAUUAUAUCUCUCUAACAAAACCACACAUUCACUCUGAAGAAGAUGUGAGAUGUUUCCUCUGCUCAUGUGCUGUAGUGCACUACGGUUUGUGUCAUUCAUCAUUUAGACUCAUGUCCUAAUAUGGCGCUAUGGGAACAAAGGGCCUUCUAUGAGCUACUUCUGGUGUAGGCUAUGUUCUCUUUUUUGUGCCAUCUAAAGAGGGAGCACAUUUUUAUCAGCACGAUUCUAUAUAUUAGAUUCUAUAUAUUAUUCUCUUCCUGGUCAUGUGCCAAUGAUUUAGUUGUUUUCUGCACAAACUAGAAAUACCUUUGUGACCAUUUUAGACCAUUUUAACCAGGACAGAAUACUAUUCCAGAUGUUUUGACUCCACAUUAGAUAAUUAGUUAAUAUUAGUCAGAUUAAUGCACCAUAACACUAUUAUUCUUAUUAAAAAAAGGGAUCACUUUACCUGUAACUCAAGUUGGCCUGUUUACUAGACCCCCUGUUUAUUUAAACUGGGUAAAUCAGUGGGCAGAUAUCUGUAUCUACCAUGCUCAGUCUGACACCAAUUACUCAGAAAACUGUUCUAUUAUGUCAGACCAUUCUUGUUGUGUGCAAGUAUUUCUUUGUGUGUAUACACAGGAGGGUGUGUGUGUGUGUGUGUGUGUGUGUGAGUGUUUGUGUGUGAGUAUAUCAGGCACUUGAAGUGAAUAAGAUCAAAUGAGGAAUGUCGCCUCAUGGGCCAGGCCAGUGCUCUCAAAACUGCAGAGCUUGUAUGUAUCAUAUAGUGAAGAUACAACUAUAAUGUAUAACGCCAAGCAGGAUGGUGUAUAUAUUUGUUUGUGGUAAGGAACAACCCUCAGUAAAACAGUUCUUUUUAGUGACACUAGUCCUGGAGGGUCACGGUCCUUCAGAGAUGCAUAUUUUCUCUCUUCAAAUUCAGCUCCUAAAAGCCCAAAUCUGAUGCGUUAACUGUGGUAGAUGUUAAACUCUUCAGGAUUGUGUCGGUCCUGAUUAUAGGAAAUGACAACUGACACUAAAAGCAGUUGACGUUCAUGGAGAAUAAUAUUAUAACUUAUAGACUUCAUGCUCUUAUUUACACAGGGAUAGUAAAUGUAGACUCUUUGUGCAACUCCUUGUGCGUCUGAUAUUCUUCUUUUUGGGUUUGCAGACGCACCUGGUGCCUUGAUGAGCGUUUGUGCUUUUUGUUGAAUGACAUUCGCUAUUUGUUUGAAUCCUCCUGCCGAGAUCUCUCCUUUCAGCCAGUCGGCAGGAGCCUGCAUCAUACUGUAAAGUCCAUUCUAACUGUUAGAGGCAGAGGUCCACCUUACUACAGCUCCCGUUUUUCAGCCAUUAAUGUUUGAGAUUUUUGUGUGGCAUAUUUUUGCUAUCAUUAAGACACUGCGUGAAUGUUAAACAUCGUAGUAGGAGAGAGAAGGGCACAUUCUGGUUUAUUGAUUUCAUUUGCAGUGGUGGUUUCACACACCCAUCUCAUCACUGACCAUAUUUAUAUCCCGUAUGGCCCUCCAUUUUGUCUGCACUUUUCGAUGACGUCUGUCUGUCUUUUGUCUGUGCCACGUUAUUGUCUUCGUGGGUGCAUGUGUACACGUGUGUGCAUGUGUGUGUCUGGGUGUACGUUGGCGUGUCCGUGUUUCACUGCUUGUUAAUGUAUUACUGUGUCGCCAUUCUAAUUCUGCUCUGCGCACAGUACAAAGAGCAAAAAAAAAAAACAAGACAAAACAAAUAUGGCAGCCUAAGUGAAAAUAUUUAUGUGAUUAAAGAAAAGAAGACAUACCUCGGCAGCAUGUAACUACAAGUGAUUCUGUGAUUGUGAUUUUUAUCAGCUUAAACACUUUCUGUACAAUUAUUUGAAUUGAGUUCUGUUGCAAAUCGCACUCGCUUCUCAAGCAGUUAUCCGGGUUAAUCUCUGAGACCAAACUCUGUUUGUUGACUUGUGUUAAUCUAGAGUGGCCUCACUUGUAUAGGAAUGUUAGCUUAUAGUUUGACGUUUUCAGCAGCUCUGAGUUAAAUGUUGCCUUUUUUUGUACAUCUUGUCUGGAUCAAUGACUCCAUGUUCACCUCAGUUAGAGGCAAUAACUGACUGCUGGCUCAACAUCGUGUCUGAAGCUAGUUAACAAUACGUUUGAUCCUAAUUUGCUUUAAAAAUUUGGGUUUGUAGAAUAUUUUUAGAACCAGGCUGUAUGGCACUUUCACCUGCAGUGAUGAAUGUUUCAUCAUGAUUAAACAAUCAUAUUGCAUCAGAGCACCUUCACAGAUACAGAUGUUUUUUAGAAGUGUGAUUUUAUCAGCCAUUUGAGUUUUAGCUGUUAGCUUAGAUGCACCUGAUCAAAGUGGCACAAUGCCGAAGGCUCCUGCAUCGUGGCUUCGUACUGUUCAAUGCACACAAUGACCAAGUUGUGGCCUCUUCAGUAAACAAAUGAUGCCAAACAUGAGUCUCUUCUUGUAGGUUGUAACUGCAGGCUGUAGAUCUUGGAAUGGAUUAGUGUUCGAUAUUUCAUUGACGUAUUGCCAUUUUACUGUUGAUGGCCUGAUUUUCAGUUCAUUGAUGCCUAAUAUGAUGUUUGGGGCUGAUACGGAAGCUUAAAAUUAUGAAACAAUUACCAAAGAGGCCAAAUAAAUAAUGCAUAAUGCCAUUUAAUGGAAGUGCUUUCUGAAUUGUUUUGGAAACGUAUUUAGUGAGUAUUUAGACUAAAGCUAAGGAAGUUUGCUUCGAAAGCGUGUCUGUAUAAAACUCCAGGAGUCUAGCAUUCCAGUCAGUUCAGCUUUGACAUAAGGAGAACAAAGCAAUAACUUGGUGUUUAAUUUGAUAUUACAGUACUGUAAUGUAGGCAGUAUGUGGUAAAUCUCAGCACAUUGCCUUUGGCUGUUAGGUUACUGUUUGCAUUUAUGCUAGUCUGUGUGAGGAUCCUAAAGCUCAGCACAGAUAAUAAAAGUUAGACUUGGUGACUGCGUGCAGAGCACAUGAACUAGGCAGCUGGCCGAUCAAUACUUUUUUCUACACUUUUUAAACAGACAAGUGCAGACUCCCAGUUUGUCCCUUUCCCCCCAGUGGUCUUGUGGAGCCGACCCAUUAUUCACUGCUUUUUAUUUUUGCGCAAUCGUUAGUGGUUUUUAUUUGACCGUUUGGCUGGUCCCAUUUUCUACUGCUGGACUUUAUGUUCAAAUGUAAUACUUUUUAUCGACAUUGUUAAUGUGUAAAGUAUCAGUGGUGACUGCACUGGGUGAUGAACCUGAUGACUACCACUUCUCUACAUCCUCCAAACGGAGGAGCACUCAUCAUUUGUAUGCCAUAUGUUUUGCACAUUGUGUACAUAUUGAAUGGAUGUAAUACAUAUUUUUAUACAUGUUUAGUGCAUCCAUGAGCUCUAUUUUGUGAAUAGUUUUAAGAUAUGAGUAUACAUACGCUGUUAUGUGUCAAUUCACUUUGCUGUAUUGUGAACAUACUGUUGUAGAGAAUGUUUCAGAAUCUCUUAAAUAUACCUGAGGAAUGAAGUACAAAAA